CUCUUGACCCGAUGACUUUGUUGUGACUUUUUUUUCUUCUUUUGAUCAUUCAGCCUCGACUCAGAUGCCUUCAUGACUGGAGGUGUCGCUUGUCAGCUGAAAUUGUUUGAUUUCUAAGGGCCUGUUCUUGACUCUGUUUGUGUACUGCUUUUUGGCGUUGGGAUGUUUUGGAGAAGAGGUUUGUUUUGUAGCGGAUAUUUCAAAAGACUUUAGUUUUUAUAUGUAUUUUUGUUUCAUUGUAGAAAGAAGGAGAUUGGUUUUCUGAAACCUGUUGGAUUUGGGGUUGCAUGUUCUUAGUAGGUGAUUGUGGUGGGUGUAUUUUGGUCUUAUGGUGUUUGUUCUUUGGGAAUCAUUCAUUACUUGGAUUCUUGUUCUUUUCUUGUCAGAAGGAGAUUAUUUUUCUGAGACCUGUUGGGUUUAGGGGUGCAUGCUAUUAGGUUGUGGGUUCUUGGAUGAGAGGUGAUGUGGUUGGUAUUUUUUGGUCUUCUGAUGGUGUUUGUUCAUUUGGAGUAGUUGACUUGGUUUCUUGUUCUUCUCUUGUUAGAUGAAGACUAUUCCUUCUGAAACCUGAAACCUGUUGGGUUUGAGAGUGCAUGCAAUUUGGUUGUUCCUGCUUGGAUGAGAGGUGAUGUGAAGGAGAUUAUUUUUCUGAAGCCUGUUGGGUUUGAGAGUGCAUUCCAUUAGGUUGUGGAUUCUUGAAUGGUAGGUGAUGUGGUUGGUAUCCUUUUCGGUCUGAUGGUGAUGUUUUUUCUUCUUAAAUUGUUGAUUACUCGGUUUCUUGUUCCUCUCUUUUCAAAAUGAGUUUAUCCCUUCUGAAACCUGUUUAUUUUGGGGGUACACGCCAUUUAUUCGUGGGUUCGUGGUUGAGAGGUGAUAUAUUGGUGUUUUUUUGGUCUUCUUAUGGUGUUUGUCCAUUUGGGGGUGUUGGUUGCUUGGUUUCUUGUUCUUUUCUUGUUGGAAGGAGAUUCAUUUUGUGAAACGUGUUGGGUUUGGAGCUGCAUACGAUUAGUUCGCUGGUUCUUGGAUGAGAGGUGAUGUGGUUGGUAUUCUUGUGGUCAUAUGAUGAUGUUUGUUGUUUUAGGAUCAUUGAUUGCAUCGUUUCUUGUUCAUUUCAUGUCGAGAGGAGAAUAUUUCUUCUGAAACCUGUUGGUUUUGAGACGCAUGCCAUUAAAUUAUGGGUUCUUGGAAGAGAGGUGCUCCCAUCUCUCUUUCAGCACAUCGAUAGCGAUUAUUGUUAUUAGUCAAUGUUAGCUAGGUCUUAUAACUAGAAAGAGAUUGUACUUGCUCCAGACUUGGUUAUCUAUGGAAUUGAGAUAUGUAUCUUGAUGCAAAUUCAUCUGAAAUGCAAGAAUUGGCAUUAAAAGUUCACAGAAUAGUUCACUCUAUUCAACAUCUACUUGUGAGUUCGAUCCUACUUGUUGGAAUUCUAGUAGUGCAAUUACUCCACAGUCUUCUUGUUCCAAGAACUUGAAUAUGAACAUGGGUUUCUUGGCGAAAGAUGGCAACCAAGUAAAGCAAUUAAGCCAUCCAAUAUCUGACCAUGAUUCAUCAACUCAGUCCACUGGUCAAUCCUGUCAAGAAGCAUCAGGAACGAGUGAAGACAAUGUUCAUGAGCAACAUAUUUCAGUAAACUCUGGUGUUGGUAAUACAUACAAGAAUUUGGUUGAUGGUCAUAUGAAGCCCAUUUUAUCUCUGGGAACUUCAGAAACUGCAUUUUCAUUUCCAAAACUGGAUUAUAGCCAGUCUUUUGCUCAUGUGCCUUACCCUUGUGCUGACCCAUACUUUGGUGGUAUCCUUGCGUUGUGCGGACCACAUGCUAUGAUUCAUCCACAAAUGGUGGGAAUAGCGUCCUCUGGUAGAGUUCCACUGCCUCUUCAACCUGCAGCAGAAGAGCCACUUUAUGUCAAUGCGAAACAAUAUAAUGCAAUACUUCGAAGGAGGCAACUGCGAGCAAAGUUGGAGGCUCAAAAUAAACUCAUAAAGGCUAGAAAGCCAUAUCUUCAUGAGUCUCGCCACCUUCAUGCAAUGAAGAGGGCAAGAGGAUCUGGCGGACGGUUCCUCAACACAAAGCAGCUCCAGCAGCAGAAGCAGACCCAGACUUCGGCAAUAUCAGGUUGCCAGGAUCACUCUGGCUCAAAGCUCUGCUCAGGAAGCGGCUCGAUUGGUUCAUCUGCCCCUUCGAUCAACUCCAACAUCAGAACUGCUUCUACGAACGGAAGCAUGUUAACACAGCAGGAUCACUUGAGCUUUCCAUUUCCCGAUUUCCAUUCAAACGUCGGAGUGGGCACACAAGGCGGACAUACCAUGAUGGGUGGUGUGGUUCAGAGCUUCAAGUCUUAGCGAUGAGAUAAAACUUGGGGCAUGAACUGGCAAAAUUCAUCAUGGUGGUUCCCUGGCAAUUCAUCCUUGGCUUUUGGUAUCUCAUCUCAUUCGAUACGGAAUCGAACUUUAGUAGGAGUGUAUCAGACCUUUGUUUAAAUUGCAUGAGUGGAAGAGAUAACGGUGUGCAUCAGAUCAUGAUCUCAGCUGCUCAAACAAAUGCAUGGAUCCUACCCUCGUUGUAACUUUAUGGAGUGUUGACAAUUUAUUGGAAAUCUUGUUCUUAUCUUGACAGUUGAAAACA